AUGGUACGGGAACCGAAAAAUACCGAGGUGGGGAUGAUCAAGCGAUUUCCGUGGCAAAUCGUAGCUUACCUAGCUGGAGGAGCGAAGACGGAGGAAAAAGGAACUAAUGCGGGCUGGCAGAUGGCAAUGAAUUCUAGCGCCUACUACGGAGUAGACUACGGAGGUUCCAUGCGCAUACACGCUGGUGAUCUACAAAGGGUUUCUGACUUGUCUCAGAGUAGAAAGCGUUUCCAUCCGCUCAUUGUAUUGAAAGGGAGGGAGGGUGGAAUGGAGAGAGAAAAGAGAGAUUGGCCAUCUUUCCCAAUUCCCAGAGAGGCCGGACUGUACUUCACCUCCAGCCGGGGAUUUGUUCUAGAGAAGGAGAUAAGACUAGCGCCGACCAAUCAACAUGAUGGUUUUACAACCUUCCGCAGAAAGAUUAGGUUUUGGCUACGUCAAGAUCCAGGCCGAACUGGCCGGCCAUCCACCAAGAGGGUUGGCUGGCAUACCCAGUCAGAAGAGGACCCAGAGUGCUGUUGGAGAGGUUGGAUCAACCGUAACAUGAUCGUCCUGGUGGUGAUACCUACGUCGGUCCACAAAUAG